UUCGCGCUGUUUAACCGUCAUUACUUUUCUUUCACUUUCUCCGCGAGCCAACAGAAGCAAGAUGCCAGGCUAACAGAAGCAAUACCGGUCCAACAACGAACCCCGAGCGGCUUCCAGAUUUGCGGCCGUGAGUUGCUUGCCUCUCAUGGAUCUGGAAGUGAAGGAUGGGACGGUCAACAGACACCGGACUCCCGCCGGAAGAGGACGCGUACCGGCGACCCCACAUGGGUCGACCGGAGAGGUGCGACGCUGGUGCGGUACUGAGUCUGAGCAUCCUCGCAGGAGCUCGGAUUCCCGCCCAGAGGCAUGUUAGAGGCACGACAGCCUGCGUGAUAGAUACGCCACUUUGCGUAUGCGUAUCACUGCACACAUGCUGAUUCGCCCUCUCUUGUACGUACGUGAGUGGCUGCACUGCACUCUCCGCCUAUGCGGAUACACCGCGGGCGCACUCACUGAGCAUACUUGCUCUCUCGCUCCUCUCUCUCGCUGUAUGACUCAGCGUAUAUUCGCUCGCGUUGGAUACGAGUCCAGUCUGCGCACUCACAUUCCGUGUGUCUGGACAGCGUGACGCCGUUGCCGCCAGCACAUUUCUUUCUCUACAUUUCAUUACGCUCUGGAACUAGCUCGCAGCAACUUGACUGCUCACUUUCCUGCCAGACAUUGGCCUUUGUUGUGUUUUUCCCCGCAUUCACGCGGCAUUUGCUCCACUUUAUUUGUACAAUAAAGUCACCUGUGAGCUCUCUGUGCUUGCCUGUCACAAUAGUAAUUUAACAGAUUUUUUCUAACGCUGGUAGAGUUUUAAUUUUCAUUUAGGUGAUUAUCAGUAUAGUCAUUUUACAGGUUUUUACUAGCUACCGGUAUUCCAUCGGAUGCGUCUUUACGGUUCAUAUACUUCGCAGUAUGUUUUUGAAUUGCUUUUGCUGAAUUUAAAACGUGCACUAUAAAUUUUGAAGAAAUUGUUUACUGCACUUUUUCUGCUAAUGUUCUGUAACUUCGAAACUGGAAACGUCGAUACCAUGUCGAUUUCUGAACGCCGAAUUGCAUGGGGCGUUCGUAAUUGAGUAGUGCGAAUCGUAGUGCAGUGGAAAUUUUACAUGUUUUGCUUUAGUUUAUUUGUCUUAGCUGUUAUAAUCUUCAGUAGUUUUUCGCCAUAAGUAUUUCAUACGCUUUCAAAUUUUUACUACGAUAUUCUGUUUCAGUUACGUAAGUAUUGGUGCGUUUGAUGGUGGUGCACUCUCAUAUACCGUAGUGCGCCAUUAAAAAAAAUUGUUUUUUGAAUUAAUGUUUUUUUAAUUGAUUCUUAAUUUUCGAUCCAACAGGGCGAAAUGAUCGAUCGGAUAGAACACAACGUGGUCAACGCGGCUGAAUAUGUUGCGCAAGCCAAAGUGGAGACCAAAAAGGCUGUGGAAUAUCAGAGCAGUGCAAGAAGGAAAAAGAUUUGUCUUAUUAUUACCGGCAUCGUGGUGCUGAUUAUCAUCAUCCUUGCCAUUGCCAUUCCGUUGGCCGAGAAAUUCGGCGGCAGUUCCGCCACUACCGCUAGUACCAACGGCGGCGGCAAGACCGGUGGCGACACCAUCAACAUCAACUCCCAACCGCAGCCCAAAGUCCAUACCGUGUUUGUCACGGCGCACAACGCCACGAAUUCCACGACGAUAUAAUCGAGCAUGAUUCCGUGCCUGUGGGGACUGCACCUCCGUCUACCUGAUUUUUUUUGUUGAUUACAACCUUGUGGUGAUCCAAGGGGACUUCCGGUGUGAAUUGUGCACACAUCUUCGGAGUGAACAUUAUUUAUUUGACGAAGGGAUUCCGAAGAAUGUGUGAUGUGUCCGAUUAUGCCUUCCUCGCCGCUGUCCAGCGGGUUUUCUGCUGUCCACAGGGGCUAUCAGCCUCCGGGAUUUUGUAAAAAAAGGAAAGUGCCCUUGUUUUUUUUCUGAGAAAGAUGUCCUACGAUUUUUCUCGUGAUUUUUUGUUUCAUGUUUUCUGGAAAAAAAAUUUAUUGGAUGUAAUUUUUUUGUUUUUUCGUCGAGAUCGAUGGAGCGCGUGUGAUUUUUGGUUGGUUGUCUCUGUGAAGCUUUAUAUUAUCGCUGAUCCAGGCCGUGGGAAAGUGAUGAGACUAAUAAAACAAAUAACGCUG